UUUCUCUAGCAGGACUUCUGCAUCCUAGUCGCAAAACAACGAUGGUUUAUUGGAUGUAUUUUAGAACCUGUUGAAAUUAAUAUUCAGUUUAAAUUCAAAGUUUGUUUGCUGUAAUAAAGAUACAUUAUAAUGAACCGUAUCUCAGUCGCCUACACAGAAUCCACUUCCAUCUCAUAAGAGCGCCGCUUGAAGUGAAUCUAAGUAACAAGGACUUUACCGGAAACGAAAGUUCUUUUCUUCUGAACUUCUUUGGUAGCAGCCAGUGAGUCAAACAGAGGAAAAGACACACGCAGAAUACAUCCCCGGCGUUUAAGUUUUGCAGUUCCUGUUUUUUUUUCCCCUUCUCGCGUCAUGGUGAAUGUCAACAACUGGACAGUAAAAGGGGGCAAAUAUAUACAUUUUCUGAGAGAUAAGCUCGUCUUCAAGUGAUUUCACCCAGACAUAGCGGAUCUUAGCUGUUCUAUAUCAUGGAAGAUGGUGUGAAGGAGGAUAAAACCCAGCAGAAAGCUGCGAAGUUUGACGGGAAGGCUGGCUGGAUUAAGAAAUCCUAUGGGAAGUUCCUGGUUACAUACAAGGACCGCUACAUCCAGUUAGAGAAUACACAGCUUCUGGUCUAUGAAAAUGAUGAAGAAAAGACUUGCAUAGAAACAGUGGACUUGGAAAGCUAUGAUAAAUGCCACGAAUUACGAAGCGCUUUUAAAAAGAAAAACAGGCUCAUUUUAAUUCAAGCUGCCAAGCCUGUAAAUAAGGUACAUGAUAUCAAAUUCCAAGCUCCGAAUCCUGAAGAGAAGGAAGCCUGGAUCAAAGCCCUUCGUGACGGGAUCAACAGAGCUAAAAAUAAAGUCUUUGAUCAGGUUAAGGUAGAAAGCUGUUCUUUAGAACAUGUGACCCGCACAAGACCAAAAAUGCAGCAAACGCGAAGACCGCCUACAAGAAUACAUAUGAAGGAGCUGGCAACCUCUUCGUCAGAUGGAAUCCUGAGACUGGAUCUUGACAUUGUGGACAACACUCCCAAUGGAACCCCCCCUGUUCCAAAUGACACAGCGGUUCUGUCUACAGAAACUGCCGAUGAGGAUUCAGCUCCCCCUCCAAAGAAGGUUUUCAAACCCCCAAUGCCUCCCUCGAAAGAAAACAAACCCAACCCUGAAGAAACUGAAGAGGAGUCAGAAGACGUUGAAACUGUAGAGCUGCCUACGCCCCCUACCAAACCAGACAUCACUUCUAAAGACACGGUCAGCGAACAUUCAUCUCCUCCUUCUCCACCUGACAAAGUGCUCAAGCCACCCAUGCCUCCUUCCAAAUUGAAGAAACAAAGCCCUCCAGCAACUGACAAAGAGACAGAAGAUGCUCCUGCUCAUAGCAGUCUUCCUGAAGACGCUUCUGAGCCCCCGGCACCUCCUACUGAACCAAGCAGCACUUCUGAAGACAAACCUCCCCCAUCUCCACCCAGCAAAGAUCUCAAACCAGUUAUUCCUUCAAAAGAAAAUAAACCAAGUCCUCAAGCUGGUGUAACAGAGGAUUCUGCGGAAGUUCCUGUUGUUGCUCAGGAUGGAACCCCAGAGCCUUUCUCUAAGGAAAUUCAACCUACUAAAGAGAAGGCUGAAGAUAUUCCAGUUGCUGAAGUUGGUACCGUUGAGGAAACUGUACAGCCUGCAACACCAAAAGACCCAUCUCCAGAAACUGUCAAAAAUAACUCUGCCCCUCCUGGUCCUCCUAAGAAGAAGCAGAAGCCCCCUAAAGAAACCAUCCCACCAGAUACCAACAAGGUUUCAGUAGAUACCACACCUGCAAAGGAAGUUAUGAAACCCCUUGCUCCUAAAGAAAAUAUUACAAGCCCCCCAACAGCUAAAGAAAAGGUAGAAGACACUCCUGUUUCAGAAGAAGUUCUGAAUCCACCUGAACCAAUUGUAGAUGUUCUGCUUGCUUCAAAACCAGAGGGAUCAUCUGUCACUCCUUCCCCUGGCGACCCAGUACCUCUUCCUAAGAUUGUGUUUGAAGAUGAAGAAGGGCAGUUAAAAGAUGGUGCCCAAACCAGUAAUUCUGAAGGUGAAUCUGACAAUGGCGACAUCAGAGCUUCAACCAUAGCCCUAUAUGGUAGCAGGGAAAAUCUGGAUGAGGAAUCAAGUGAAGACCCAGCUGACACACCAGAGAACACUGAGCAAAGCCUCAAGGAAGGGAUGUCCCACAAAAGUGAUCCUGCUGCUUCUACUGAGGAACUGAAGCAUGAAAUCAUUCAAGGUGCGAACAGAACAUCUUUAGAUGGCCAUCAAUGGCAACAAGAAACCAGGAAACGACAGUUAGACACACGCCCCCCUGUGCCUCUGAAAUAUGUGUCAAAAGUCAAAUUUGCUUCUUUGGGCGAUCUGUUGUCCGAAUCCAAAGUUAAAGUGCAAAACAAACCGCUUCAAGAACCCGGUUUAGGGUCUGAAAUCAAUGAUCUGGAUGAACUGCAAAACAAUAUAGCCUGGGAACUUGAAAAAACAGAGGCGCUCCUUCAGGAAUCCCUGGCAGCUGAUGGAAGCAAAGGGAUGUUAGCGGGUAAGUCACCGCAGAUAGGAGAGUCACCAGAGGAGAUCCUGAACAAGGCUUUGGAAAAGCUGAGGCAAGCCAAUGAGGUCUUACAAGAAGUAAAGAAUAUAAAAGAAAACAGAACAGAAAAAAAUGAAAGGAGGAAAAGCUGUUGACUGUUUUUUAUAAAGCAAUUCAUGUAAAUUAUAAAAAUGAGGGUGUACAUUAAUUAUUUUCUAAUAAGGAGCUGUAGACAUACCCAUUAUUGUUGCACAAGAAAUUCUUAACCUCAUAUGUUACACUUAUAUUACCCAUUUCAUCUGGAUUACUGGUAUAAUUUCACAUGCAUAUUAAGUAUAUAUUUGCAUUAAGUCAUUGUAAACACUGAAUUACUAACGCUGUACAGAUUUCUCAAAUAUAAUGAAGUAUAAGUUUAUCUUUGUAAAUGGUUAGUACUAACUGAUAUUUUAAUGUUUUCCUUAGGAUAAGGGGCAGUUCUUUCUGUGGCAGAGGCAUGCUAAUAAAAUUCACAGCCAUUAAUUAAAGUCAUGGAAAGUAAUAGUCUGCCAAGUAGUUCAUUAAAUUGCAUGAAAUUAAUGGUGUAAGAAUAUGAAAAAGUACUGAACUGGAUGUGAGUGAGCUUCAAUACGGUAUUUUUUGUCAUUUUUAUAUAUACCAGAAAUGUUUAGAAGGCCUACUUUGUUAUUUUUAUAGGCAAAUUACAGGAGGGUUUUUUUGUCAUGUUGUGCAUGUAUAAACCGAAAAUUGCAUAGGUUUUUAAGUUAAAAGCCUAAACACCAUAAUCACAUCUAAUUUCUACAACAGAAGCUGCUAUCAGCAUGGUUUAGCUGAAUGUUAGGCAACUCUGUUAAUACUGGUGUGAUGUUGAACACCGUAUAGCACAAAUGCUGUAUCCGGUGUGUAACUAAACCAAUGUCAAAGUGUAUUCUGCAGUGAGCAUGUUCCCUAAGCAGUUUUAAUAUGUAAACAUACACUUUAAAGACCUGUAGUGUCAUAAGGAAGGUUUUUUGGGGGGUAGAGGGUUCAUUUAUUGAUAUCAUGUGCUCCGAUGCCUACAAUCAAUAGCGGGACUCUCAGUUACAGAUCUCCUGCUCAGUAUGAUAGGGGCCCCAUGUUAUGCAGUUAAUACAGUAUCACUUCUGGGUGUCGCUGUAGGACCCCUGCUGGUAUUCUAGAAUCAUGGGGGCCUCCACUUAGCAAGUUUCAUUUUGAGGGGCUUUGUUUUCACAAUAGCAUCCAAAGAGGCCGAGUGACUGUUAUCACCCUGGAAAAGAUUUUUUUGUAUACUAGUUUGAUGUACAAAUGAGCAACAAUCCUAUCCUUUGUAUAAUCAGUAAUACGAGUCAGUACGUGGGUGUGGUAUAUUCAUUGUGUGAUAUUAUAUUACACUAUUUAAAAAACAAACAUCAAAAACAAUAGUUGGCUUAUAAUGUACUAAUUAUCCUAAUUACUAAUUAUCAUACACAAAAUCAUGUAGCAGAUAUAUGUAUUAAUCAUAUACAGGAACUAGCUGGAAUGAAUUAUGAGUUAUAAAUAGCAGUCUGUAUACUAUAGUGACAGCCUAAUGAAGAAAACUAGGGAAAGAUAUUUAAAACUGUAUUUGCUGUAUAUAGAAAACUGAGAUGGAAAGUCUUCCUUUCCAACCAUUAACAAUGUGCGUUUGUAUAAGCUGUGCUUAAAUAAUCCUCAACGCCUUAGCAUUAGAUAUGUAAAAGAAAAAGCUACUUUAAUGUAUGUUUACAUCAGGGGCAAUGUAAUUUAGCAGAAACAAAGCAGGUUCUCUUUUUGGACAAUUGUCUUGCAAUUCAAAAAUGACUCCAGGCUGUACUUGUAUUUUAUCACGGUGUCAGUUUCCAAGCUGUGUGACUGAAGUGAGGCAACAACCUGUUGUGUUACAAUGGUGUCUGGGACUGUCAAACCUGCUGCUGUGUACACAAACAGGCCAGUAUUGCAUUAACAUUGACUACGCUUUUAGUUUGAAAAGUUUAUUUGAAAAGUUUUGUUUCACUUUAUCGCUAUGUCAGAGUCUCUUCUCUAGGUGAGAUUAAUACAACUGGGUAGCUACGAGGAACCAUAUUGAAAGCGCUUAUAUGCUAGUGUUAUUGCAGGGUAGUACUGUACUUCACAACGUCUGCUUUAUUCCAGGACACAUAUGGUUUGCAGACAUGCUUCAGUUUACUAUACAUUUAUUAUUAUUAUUAUUUUUUUAUUUUACAACCUGCAUAGUUUUUUUUCUGUUGUUGAUCCCAUUCAGGUGAAAAAAUGAAAUGCUUUUGUAUGUUCGACUGAAUCGGUCUUCAGGUUUUACCCAGAAUACUUUGCCUAUUUAGUGAGCAAAGGAAGUUUACUAUCCUUUGCAGCCGGCAGUCUUUUCACUGAAACUGUUAGCUGGAGAGAGUAGAUAGAUGAAGGUAUUUUAGACAGGAAGCUAAUAACACAAAAUGGGUGUUCAAACCUCAACAUUGUUUAUUGGGUAAGAAAAAUAAAAGUAUUUUAUUCAUGCGUGCAGUGACUAAAAUAUAUCGGAUAAACUAUUUAUUUAAAAAAAAAAAUAUAUAGCACUGUUAUGUAAUAUAUUGUACUGUAAAAUAAAAAGGCAUGUACUAAUAACAAGAUUUUAUUUGUCUUUAGUAAUUCUGAAAAAAAAAUCUAAAACUUGUUGCUGUGUAAAGCAUGUCUAAAUAAAGGCAGCCUUGUUUUCA